CUGCCCAUUUUUGCCAUCAAUAUUUGAAUUCUAAUACCCACUUACUGGGUGCUAUGACAUUGCCAGGCACAAAUUACAUUUUUAUUUUUUUUUGGAGGGCAAAGUCAUAAGUAUGGAUAAGAACAUAUUUUUACACCCCGAUCCCUGAAGAGGCUGAAAUUCUGCUAAAAGCAUCAGUGUCAACAUGUCUGCUAUAAGAAAUUGCUUUACAGCUUCCUGUUAUUUUACAGGGUUUUAUGUUACUCUGGUAGUGAACCGAUGGUGGAACCAGUUUGUGAACCUGCCCUGGCCAGACAGGCUGAUGUUCCUCAUCUCCAGCAGUGUUCACGGAAGCGACGAACACGGGCGCCUGCUCAGAAGGACCCUGAUGCGCUAUGUGAAUCUCACGUCCCUGCUCAUCUUCCGCUCGGUGAGCACGGCUGUGUACAAAAGGUUCCCUACGAUGGACCAUGUGGUUGAAGCAGAAAGAACCGGCAACAAACCCAUUCUGCCUCCAAGUUUUGAGAUGCAGUGCUUUUAGUUCUUCUGCUAAGAGAGGCUCAUUUGCACACUCUGCUUUAAAAGCUAAAGACACCUGCCUUGGCUUCAGCUGAGGCAAAAUAGACAAACCAUGCAACAGGCAAAAUCCAUAAAGACUGGCGUAUUAUCAGUGGACACAAUUAGGCUUUUGGCUUGAGGGCUGUAACAUUUUGCCUUAAAGGAGCAGGUCUCACUUACUCCACCAAACCACAAUUCAAGUCGCAAGUAAACACUGUGUGCGUGAGUGUGUGUGUGUGUGUGUGUGUGUGUGUGUGUGUGUGUUACCUUGGUUUGAAAUAUUAAGGAGGUUUCCUGGGAUAAGCAGUAUGGAAAUUGCCGAACAGAGCUGAACUGGCCAGAAAGCCAGAAGGAAAAGAGAGCAAGGAAGUUCUGGGCAGAUACAACAGCAAGAUGAAAUAGUAACGCCAGGGGUGUGGACAGGGCCCGAGGGAGCACGGCAUGAAGACUGACAUAUCAAGGUCAUGGGGUUGUGUGAGGACCGGCCAGUUAACAGUGCUACCAAACUGUGGCGAAUCAGUGCCUGUGGUUCACAUAGUCCUAGAGAUGAGGAUUAUGACCACAUUCUGAAAAACAUCACUGGCCUGUGGUGAUAAUGACCUGACGUGCUGAUGAGGAUAACCUUCCAUUUCAUAAUAAAUGUUCUUUCAAUUGAUUUAACCAACAAUCUAUAGAUUUCCUUUUGAUUGCCCGAUACCUUGAUUUUCAAAGAAAGGGUUUACUUUAGAUGAGAUGUGUGACCCUGAAGGGAAUAACAAAAAUCACCCUGCCUGUGCGCUCUUGCAGGACGCGUCAGUGUCUCGUCAUUCAUCUUCGGUAUUCAUCAUCGUCAUUAGUGUCUUGUCAUUCAUCUUUCACGGAGCCUAGCAAAGCACUCAGUAUGUUUGGGCUAAAAAUUAAAAACCACCAGCUUUCCUUGCUCUACAUGUCCCCUCCCAAUUGGUGGAUGUGCUGUAUGGGGGAGGACCUAACUCUAGCUUUAGUGCAUGCGCUGAAUAAACCCUCACUCGGCAUAUUGCAUUCUGCUAAGCCAGAAAAAGAACUCACCAGCACAAUUUGAUCCAUACUCCUGAAUAAAAAAUAACCAGAGGUAAAGUUAUUCUUGGGUCAAAUGACAGCGAUUGCAGCCAGGAUAUAAAUGGGGUAAUUUUUGAAAAUUGCAGUAGAAAUCCCAAGAAUAAAACUGCUAGACAAUUGACAUGAAAUCUCCAAGAACAGGCUUCUAGGUAAAGGGUGACCCAUUGCCUCAAAUCUUUAAGUACAGAGCCAGGACAGGUCAAGUUUAUUAACUUCUCAUAAUAAGGUUUACUCACGCUCUGCAAGUCUUUAAAAAGAAAAAAAAAAAAAGCAGAUUAUCUGGAUCAUGCAAAAACUUGAGACGUACUGAGAAAUAAGAAAAGAAUGAUCAGGCUCAUUGUUAUUUUGGACAUCCGGAGAAAGUCCAAUUCCUCAGGGAUGGGCAGAACCACCACCCCCCUUCUAAGCUAACAUAAAUAACCUGAGUAUUAUCUAAAAUGAGUCUCGUGUUGGUAAAUAUUGGCUUUGUAGUUGAUACUCUGUUUACUUCAAAUACUGAACAAAUAGGAUCUUCAUUCGGUGGGGCAGUGAUUUUCAAAUAUUGCGGUGUGCUAGAAUUUGCGGCAGAGUUUGGUACAUGUGUGACUGCCUGUAUCCAAUUCCAUUAAGUCAAUCAGGAAGAUUUUACAUGGAUGCUGAUGCCCGGAUUCACUGUAGACCAAUAGAAUCAGAAUCUCCAGGGAUAAGGCCAAGACAUUGGUAUUUGCUAAAAGUACCCACAUGAGACCCUAGGGUGAAGACCUGGGUUGAGAACUUCAGCACUACUGAGUCCGAUUUAGUAGGAAAGGGUGGAGCCUCACCCUCUCCAUGUGUAAUAGAUGUCACAAGUGACUCGGGUACCCAUGAUCUGUGGACCUUAUUCUCAAAAACACCGACCUAGACCUAGGUAUUUCCAAAGCUCCAUGAACCAGAGCACAUCUCACUUCUCCUUUGACUUCUUUUCUGUUAUAGUAACACCUCUGAAAUAAAACUACAUGGUAAAGAGGGCAGAUUAGUUGAAGCGGGAUAAUCAGAUUCAUAAAUUGAUUACAGAUCAUUAAAGAUAUUAACUGUGCUACACUGGGGCAAAAGUGAUUUUCAUCUGAAUGUGUUAGAAUUUCAUAAGCAAAUGAUUACAUUCCUCCUGAGACAAGAGUCACUCAAAAUCAAUAUCUAGCAAAACUCAGUUUUUGAAAAAAGCACUAGUUCAGAAAACAUUAUUUGUACUAAAUCAUAAUUAACAUUGAAAAGUCCACUUAAAAAGUCAAAGGAGUAAGUACAAGGAUAGUCAUGGCAUCAUUGUUUUUGAUAACAAAAAAAUUUAAACAAUUUAAAGGUCUACUCAAAAGAGGACUAGUUAAAAUAUCGUAUAGAAUUAACUAGAAUGCAGCCAUCAAAAACAAUGAUGCCACUCUCUAUACGUUAACAACAACAACAAAAAAGAUCUCCAAGAUAUAAACAAAAAAUAGAAGCAAAUGGCAGAUAUGCAUGUAGUAGAAAGCCAUUUGCGUUCUUAAAGAUCAAGCCUGUAUAACUGGAAAGAUACACAAUAAAUUCAUUGUAGUGAUUCCUUCAGAGAGGGAAACUGUGUGGCUGGGAAAAUGAGACUUACUUUUCCUAUUAAUAUUCUUUUGGCCCUUUUGGAUUUCUGUACCAUUUGAGUGAUUCAAUCAAAUUUUUUAAAAAAAUAAAAAGUCAAGUGCAAACUGUAAGCUUUUAAAGUAUAUAUUUGUA